CAAAAUCCCAUAAUCACCACGUCAACUAAUUAAUGCUAUGUCACUUUUCAUCGAUCAAUUUAAAUAAGUCCUCCAUGUGUAUUUACUCAUUCAAAUUCAUACAACAUGGUUAUCAUGUUUCAUGAAUAUUAUCAGACGUUGGAAAAAUGGAAAAUUGUAAAGCUAAUUUUUCUUCUACAACCGUAAUAUUCCUCGAAUAGUUUCGAAGGACGACUCUUUUAUUCAAUUGCUAGAUUUAUGUUUUCGUGAAAAUAUUGAAAAUCGAGAUAUUUUAUUUUUCCGUUCUUUCGAAAGUAGAAGCGGCAGAAGGAGAGUGAUAAGCGAGCGGUCUCCUCCCGAUCACUCCAUUUCCGGCCCGUGCAACGUUCCGGAGAUCGAGCGACGCCGACCAUCCUCCGCCGCGCCGGUCGCUCGCCGUCUCUGCACCGACCGCCGUCCUUCCUCCUCUCCGCGAGCGCGCUCGGCUUCUUUGAUGCCGGACCGUUGAUCCUCCCCCUCGUCGCGAUCCUCCUCCCUCCCCCUCCGGCCAUGAAUCCGCUGCGGCCUUCGCUUCCGAGGCAGUUGAGGAUCGCCCCGCAUUCAACCCUUCCCUCGCCGCUCAGGCGCCCGAGCUCGGGCUCCCGUGGCGAGGCGGCGCCCCUCUCCCGGCCCUCCCGCGCUCGGUUCCCCGCCGCGGGGGACGCCGCAACGAGGGCCCGGCGGGGCAGCGGCGGCGGCGGCGGCGCUUCGUCGUCGGCGGUCUCCGCGGUGCGGCCGUCGUCGUCGCCUGCGCCGGCGAUCGCCCCCGACGUCGGCGCCGGCUCCAGAUUCUUCGGCGGCUUCCCCGACAAGUCUGAAGUGUGGGAGGAGACCAUAGAGAGGGUGAUAUAUGCAUGCCGGUUCAUGACGCUUCUCGGAGUUUCAGGCUCUUUGGUAGGAUCAUUACUGUGCUUUAUCAAGGGAUGUACUUAUGUGACCCAGUCUUUUAUGGAUUUCUUUGUGAAUCGCAGCAAAGUGAUCUUCUUGCUUGUUGAGGCUAUUGAUGUAUAUCUUUUAGGAACAGUGAUGCUUGUGUUUGGAAUGGGUCUCUAUGAGCUCUUUGUCAGCAAUCUUGACAUUGCGAAGUCAGUGUCAGGGGAAGGAAACCAACAGACGUCAAAUCUUUUUGGUUUAUUCACUUUAAAGGAGCGACCAAAAUGGUUAGAAAUAAAAUCUGUCAACGAGCUGAAAACCAAGCUUGGCCAUGUCAUAGUGAUGCUUCUUUUGAUCGGCUUGUUUGACAAGAGCAAGAAGGCGGCUAUACAUACUCCGUUCGAUCUGCUUUGUUUCUCUGCAUCUGUCCUCCUAUCGUCCGGCUGCCUCUAUCUGCUUUCCAGGCUCAACGGUUCUAAGUGAGAGAGUUCUUGUGCAUAGUUCAGCAACAGCUAGCUAGCAGAGUACUUUUAUGAGAAAGAUGAUGUAAUAUUGUGGAAUAGGGAACGAUACUUGAUGGACAUGCUUGUAUCAUACUACCUGUUUAUUCAGGGGUGUCGUUCCGCAGAUAUGUAAAUGCUAUUUGCCAUGUUGCUGUUCUCGA